AUGGCGUUGUACUUGAAACAAAACUUCGCGCCUCCCGUAUUGUCUAGGAAAUGGAUUGCCAUGAAGUUCAGGCCUAAUAUGCUAAUCUACAGUCAUCACAACAUCAUAUUGAUCCUGGAAAGCGGUCUUCUUUUCCGCGAAGACAGCAUAGAAGUAGAACAAGAGUCAUCACAACCAGAGACGGUUUGGCAUGUCGCAGGGGGCUCUAAGACCGGUUGGUUCACAAUGGGGGAGAAAAUUGCUGCUAUUUGUAGUGUGGGGACUUUUGUUGCUAUGUUUCCACCUAGAAGUGUUUCCCGCUCCUCUCUACUUUUAAUUGCCUCUUACCUCCUCCUCCCCUUCUCCAUCCGAACAAUUCACCGUCAAGCGUGUCGCGGCACUUUAAGAACUCUGCUGACCCACAUGCGCGACUACUUGGCGUUAGCACGCAGAGCCGCUGCGUGUUUGAGGGAUUGUACGCAGUUACAAAAUCAACUGAACUCUGUCUCUUCAGUACUGGAGUCAAUGCACACGAUGCUAUGCCGUCAGCAGAGCGAGCUUUCGGUGAUCAUGUCGCGUGCAUCAGCCGCUUUACUUGGCAACGCGCCUUGGCUGCGAAGCGAUGUGGCUUGGCAUGCCGUGCAGAGGGAUGAGACUGAUAACCUAUGGAAAAUCCAUCACGCCUUUUUAGUAGUCCAAUCCACAUUACUAAAACACAUAGCCUUGGCCCACAACAUACCAUCCGCACGCGCCCAGAAAUUAUACAAAAACCACAAUGAAAGAAUAUAUUGGAUACAUCAUACGCUAAUUCAGAACUUAAUUGUCGUUUUCACGGAAAACUACGACGCAUUAGAACGCAUGUAUCGAUUGUUAAAGAACUAUGGCAGCAAUGACAGUAUGACCAAUAAGAAAAUGGGACAUGCUGUAACAGAUAAUUGGCUAUAUAGCGACGUGCAUAGCGGUAUAGCGAGAGCAAAUUUGGAACUUAAGGUUGCAUUAACGAAAUGUAACAAUCUGGACUCGUUUCUCGACUCCUGCGCCUUGAACAAACAAGACAUCGAUCUAAGGAUAUUAAACAAAGACAUAGAUAAUUUGAUCGAUGAUAUAACUAAAUGCUUAUCCACUGCUCAGUCUUCACAAAUCAGAUUGAAAAAAUUGCAAAAUAAAUUCGUUAAUACCGUUAAUGAAAUUCCAAAUGGCGAGGAAAAGGUUGUGGAAAAUGAUAAAGAUAUUUUGACAAUUGACGAUCGAGAUCCAGAAGCGAAGGAUGAAGUUUUUUAUUUUGUCAAAACUGUUGAUGAUGAAGUUGAUAACAUUCAAUCUUGUAUUGACUCGAUUACGGGGCCUGGUAAUAAAGAAACGGAGACCACGAAGAUAGUUCUCAAUGAAUUAAAAAGGAAAUUGGUGAAGCGCGAAGAUUUGAUGCGCGAGAGGGAAAGACAAGCAUUAGUCAAAACUAUGCCCGAGCUAAAAGACAAUGUGCCAGAGUUUCCUAGGCAAAUAAAAAUCGAGGAAGUCUUAGACCGUAAAGGGUUUAUAGCAAAAUUGCCGAAGAGGCUACCGAAAAAGCGCAAGUUUCGUAAAUAUAAAAUUCAAUCUCCAAUUAUAAAACACGCACCGAAAUAUAAGUUAAAAAUGUCAAGUUAUAAAAAGGAAUGUGACAUACAAACUCCAUUGUACGAGGCUAAUUCAAAUUUGACUGCAAAAAGUAGAUUUUUAACCUUCUUUAAAGGUCAUAAUUGCUUCUACGUCACAAGGUGGUUUAAACGGACAGAAAAAACGUCAAAUAGAGAAGUCUUCAGCGACCUUUCCGAUGGCCUAAGCGACGUUGAGUCAAGUGCGUUCAACAAAACAGUUCACCAAGCGGUAAACCAUAGACCAAAUAGAGGAGACAGUGCCAGCUGUCAAAACCACCACAGACAAGCUGAGGCGAAAAAUUUUAAAUUUUCUAAAAAGGAUUUAGAAUUGACUCCAUCGUCUUCGGAAAGUGAUUUAGAAAUGUAUAAUGAAAAACACAUGGCGCUGUUGAACGAUGUGCGGAGAUAUAGAGCUGCUAGAAAGAAGAAUUUUCCUGUAAGAAAUGGUAUUCUUACCAUAGACACGACUGUAGAUGAGUCACUACGACCCAUAGAGUACAGUCUAGGCGCUGGUCUCGCUAUGGCAUCUGUCUUACAAGCAGGCAGGGCGGCUUUAGGGCGGGAAGAGGUCUUCAUAGGAGAUGGGGAAGUUUCAGAAGAUAGUGGGAAUGAUGAAGACGCGUAGCCAAUAUUUAUAAACAUCGAGUAUAUAACC